AUGCUGCCCCCCAGGACGGCAUCCCUCUUGACUCUGCUCCUGGCCGUCGGCUCCUUGGGUCAGAGGGCUCAGAGACGCCCUCGGCCCCCGUCCCCCAUCAGCACCAUCCAGCCCAAGGCCAACUUCGAUGCUCAGCAGUUUUCAGGGACCUGGUUCCUUGUGGCCGUGGCCUCUUCGUGCCGCUCCCUGCAGGAGCAGGGCCACCGGGCUGAGGCCACCACACUGCACGUGACUCCCCAGGGUGCAGCCAUGGCUGUCAGCACCUUCCGAAAGCUGGAUGGGAUCUGCUGGCAGGUGCGGCAGCUCUACGGUGACACGGGCCUCCCAGGUCGCUUCCUGCUCCAAGCCCGAGGCGCCCGAGGGGCGGUGGACGUGGUUGUUGGGGAGACGGACUACCGGGGCUUCGCCGUCCUGUACCUGGAGCGGGCGCGGCAGCUGUCGGUGAAGCUGUACGCCCGCUCCCUCCCCGUGGGCCAAUCAUUCCUGAGUGUGUUUGAGCGGCGGGUCCAGGGUGCCAACCUGACCGAGGACCACACCCUGUUCUUCCCCAAGUACGGUUUCUGCGAGGCCGCGGACCAGUUUCACGUCCUGGACGGUGAGCGGGCAGCGCCGGCUGGGUGGUGUGGCAGGGGGCUGGCAGCCCGCGGCUCCCUCCUGGUUGAGUCUCAUCUGUGCUGCAGAAGUGAGGAGGUGAGGCCGGUGGCAGCCCUGCACCGAGAAGCAGCCAAGGCCCUGGAGGUGGCGGCACCCGCCGCCCCCCUUGCUGAGCUGGACCUGGCCGGGGUCUCUGCCCACCCGUCAUCUCACGGACUCAUGGGGCUGCUUCCCGGGAGGCGGGGCAGCCUCCCUCAAGGGAACCUGGGCAGCCCCCGGCUUGGGCCAGACCGGGGCUGGAGGGUCAGGGAGCUGGUCAUCAGCUUGGCCAAAGCCGGGCCUGGGAAAAGGGCCCAAGUCACUCUGUUUGGGGAGCCUUAG